AUGUUGGUGCGCUCUCUGCGCCCUGCGCCUGCCGCGCUCCGCCUCGCCGUCGCGCGGCGCGGCUACCACAAGAACAUCAUCGACCACUACGAGACGCCUCGCAACGUCGGAUCCUUCGACAAGGAGGAUCUGGACGUCGGCACGGGUCUUGUUGGCGCGCCGGCCUGCGGCGACGUGAUGAAGCUGCAGCUCAAGAUUGGGAAGGACGGCAAGAUCGAGGACGCCGUCUUCAAGGCGCGCGUGGUUGCAGAUGGCAAGGCGACGUAUGCGAACCAGGGCAAGGCCAAGGUGGGCACCGUCCUCUACCGCGUCGUGUGGAAGGACUUCCCGCCCGACCUCGUCUGGUACGAGCCGGAGGACAACCUCGGCGAGGGCUACCUCAAGGAGUACGAGGCGCGCGUCGCGGCGGAGGCGGCAGCCGACGAGGAGUCGGCGCGUGAGGAUGCGGAGCUCGAGGAGCUGGAGGAGGCGGAGGCGCUCGCGCGCGACGAGUGA